AUGGGAGGAAAAGAAGGUAAAGAAGCUUCAGCAGAUGCAACUCAUGCAUUUUUCAAUUCAGAGGCUUACAGAGCAAGUGGAUGUGUUGAUGUUGACAGACUGAAGAAGGAAUUAGUUAGUCCAGAGAAGUACUGCUAUUUCCAGGGAGUUCCUGAUAAAAGUAGGAGAGAAGCAUUAUUACAGCUGUUCAAUCUCAAUCCUCUCACAUGUGAAACUAGAUACCAGACAAUAGUGAAGAUGGCUGGGGAUGAGUUUGUAGAGCACACUAAGAGAGCAGGUAUGGCAGCAAAGACACUAGAAUAUCACUGCUUGAAUGAAAAAGGUCUCGAGGAGCUAGAAAUCAUAUUAGCUUUGUUAUUCAAAGAGAGACAUAUCAAACAUUCUCCAUUGAUGAUUCCAGUGGCUAGUCUCUUACUUAUUUACUUAAAACCAGCAGAAGUCUAUCAUCUUAUCGCAGAACUCAUUACAUAAUCAUCAGAGACUCUUAAAUCACCAGAGUAAUCUCAGCUCAUUAGAUGGCAUUUUACUUUGGAAAAGCAGCAAUAUUUCAAAUUGUUAAGUACAUUCGUUAAAAGUUACAUGAGCACUACUCUAAGAGGUAAAAGAUCUGUUCUUCUUCACAUGAAUAAAAUUGGUUUCGAUUUCAGCAAGUAUGUAGACACCUGCUUUAAAUCAUCUUUGACAUAUUUCUUGGCUCUACCAAUCGCAGUUGAAGUCCUUAUGAUGUUCAUGAUUGAGGGUGUGAAGAUAAUGUUCAGAUAUACCUAUUCAGUUAUGAAGUGCCACAAAACAUUUAUAAAAAAGUGCAAUAGUCCAGGAGAGCUUUUGGAAUUGCUAAAAAACGAGGCUAGAGAGAAAACAGUUCCUUCUAAAAUUCAUAAAAGAGCUUUUAAGUAUCCAUUGAAGAGAAAGAACUAUGACUUUAAAAAAGCCUAGAUAGACAAAUAUACUGAUCCUAACUCUCAAAUUGGUGCAUCCGAGUACACUGAUUAUAUCCCAAAUUGUCCUUUGAAUUCUACUAUUCUAAAAUUUGAAGAAUUUGCCAAAAUGUGGCAUUUCCUACCGGACUAUGUUAAGAUCAGAAUCCCAGAAUUACUUUACUGUGCCUAAACUGAUGGUUUCAACUUGCAAAGUUUGUACAGAAAGAUGUAGCCAUAUAAAAACGAAUAUAAAUUCACACUCUUAAUUAUUCAGACUAAAAAGGAUGAAGUUUUCGGUGCUUUUAUAGAUGAUGUAUUUAGAAAGUACUUAAAGGGAUAUAUCGGAUCCAGUGAUUGCUUUGUGUUCUCACUGAAGCCGGAAGUUAAGUGCUUCUAUGAUGCGAAUGACAAUCAGAGAUAUCUUCUCGGAGAAUAAGACUACUUCUAAAUUGGAGGAGAGGGUGAUGGUCCAGCUAUAUGGGUAAAUGAUACUUUGGAAAGAGGAUAGACAAACAGCUCUGGCACAUUUGGGAAUUAACUAUUGAACUGCGGAAUCAAAGGCAGAGAUGAACAAUAUGAUAUUCAUAACUUUGAGCUCUACAUUCUCUGA